AUGGAGGUUCUACGUGAUGCUGGGCUCGAGGAAACGCUCCGAUCUGUAGCGACUCCUGCGAACUACAUGAUGCAUACAACCUGGUCUCACAGUCUUGCAGGAGAGGAGUAUGGCAGAAUGUACGCCUGGGGAAACCGGCCGGAUCGCAAGGGCGAGUACGAGGCGGCCAGUCCUUGUGUCAUGUCAGAUUUACCCCAGAGUGUUCUGGAGCCGAUUCUUGUGGAGAGUGCCACCCAAGCUGGAGCUGAGUUCCGCUUCUCGACGGAGUUCGUUGGGCAGGUGGAAACAGAUGAUGGAGUGGAAACUACCGUCAAAGAACGUCAAUCAGGUCGUGAAUAUCGAAUCCGUUCUCACUAUCUGAUCGGUGCUGAUGGCGCUCGAAGUGCCGUUUUGGAAAGUCUAAGUAUACCCGUCGAUGGCCGGAGUUUGAACAAUGCUUUCAAUGUUCACAUCAAAGCUAACCUCAACAAGUACCUCACCCACAGGCCCGGGACACUAAAUUGGAUUCUGAACCCAGAUGCGCCCGAAUGGUCGGCUGUGGGCAACUUUCGAGUAGUCCAUCCUUUUGAUGAAUUCGUUGUGUCGAUGCAUCCAGCUGCCAAAGAUGGUCAGACUUUCGAACCUACCGAAGAUGAUAUUCUGCAGCGACUGCACCAGAUGAUCGGAGACUCUAACUCAAAUGAUCAAGUCGCUAUCAAGAUCCUUUCCAGCUUUCGAUGGACAAUCAACGAUCAAGUGGCCCGUACGUGGCAGAAGGGAAACGUUAUCUGCAUUGGAGAUGCUGUGCACCGCCAUCCCCCGAUCAAUGGCCUGGGAAGCAAUACCUGCAUCAGUGAUGCCAUGAAUAUCUCGUGGAAACUGGCAUAUGUACUUCAUGGUAGAGCUCAUGCUCGAAUUCUCGACUCCAUAACUAUCGAACGGAAGCCUGUUGGCGACGGGGUUGUUCGUCGAGCGAACGCAGGAAUGGAAGAUCACCGUCGCCUUUGGGAUCUCAUCGGUUUGUCAGCUGAGGCUCGUGAGCAGGCCACGAAAUUGAUGGCGCAACCAACCCCGGAGGGCAAGAGACUUCGUCGACGGUUCCUGGAAGCACUCGAGCAGACAGACAACGAGCUGAAUGCACUUGGGAUUCAGAUGAAUCAAAGCUAUACUGGUUCGCCACUGAUCACAGUCGAGAGCGGGGACGCAUCGCAACCCGACCUGGCUUCGAUCAAUCUUCUGAAGCAACAAGUGAUAUCUACUUUCCCUGGGCAUCAUCUACCACAUGUGUGGAUCGCCAAAGACAGUCAGUCGAAAAGAAUCUCCACUCUCGAUGUGUGCGGACGUGGUGCAUUUACUCUACUUACUGGCAUCGGAGGCGAUCCCUGGAGAAAAUGGGCAGCUGACUUAGAAGCAUCGCGAGAAGGGCUCAUCGUCAACGUGGUGUCCAUUGGCUGGCGACAGGACUACAAAGACUUAUAUGGCGACUGGUCACGAGUGCGAGGGGUGGAAGACGAGGGUGCUGUGCUAGUAAGACCUGAUCACUUCGUCGCUUGGCGAUGUCAGUCUGCUUCUCGAGCUGGCUCGGCGACGCUGAUGGAGGUGUUUGACGCUAUACUUCCAUGCCCAUAG